AUGGAUACGAGUAAAUACAUCAGUGAUGGUCAAAAGUUAGGGUAUGAAGCUGAACAGUUGAGAGAGUAUGUAGCAAAAUGUGAACAACAGUACCUAGAGCGUGAAGAGAGAGCACGUGUACGUGAGGAUGAAAGAAAGAGACAGGAAUUAGAAGUGUUAAGAUUAAACCAUGAAUUAGAAAUGGAAAAGCAAGAACUUGACAGAAAGUUUCAGCGAGAAGAACAGCAACGGGCAUUAGAGAAGGAGCAUAUGGAGAUAGAAAAAAUGAAACUACAGGUACAAUUGGGCGAACAGAAAACCAAAUUCAGUGCAAGUACAUCAGGUGAAACAAAGGUUAAAGCACCACGCCCAAAGUUACCUGCGUUCGAUGAAAAUAAAGACGAUAUGGACGCAUUUUUAGAUCGUUUUGAACGCUUUGCUUCUAGUCAGCAGUGGCCAAGAGAGAGUUGGUCAGUGAGUCUAAGCCCAUUGUUAACCGGUAAAGGUCUGCAGGCGUAUUCUAGCAUGCCAGCCCAGGAAGCUAAUAACUAUGACAACUUUAAAGUAGCCUUGUUGAAGAGAUAUAUGCUGACCGAAGAAGGGUUUCGGGUUAAGUUCAGAAAUUGUAAACCUGACAGUGGGGAAACGGUGUUUCAAUUUGUUGCUAGGAUGAAGAGAUAUUAUCAAAGAUGGAAAGAACUCUCAGAAGUUGAAGAUACAGUAGAAAGCCUCGAUGACCUCAUCAUACGAGAGCAAUUCAUGUCGACAUGCUCCAAUGAACUGUCAGUGUUCUUAAAAGAAAGGAAGCCAAGGACUGUUGAUGAGAUGACCAGGUUAGCAGAGCAAUACCUUGAGGCACACAGUGGGGCCCCAGUCAAGGGGAAGAAUAAUUUUAGACACCCAAACAAGGCCGUUGUUGUGAAUAGUAGUAAGCAGUCAGAACCAGGGAAGUCGGACAUGAAGACCGUAGAAAAGGAUCAAUGUCGCUUAUGUUUCAGAAGAGGACAUUUUGCUAAAGAAUGCCCUAUGAGUGACAAGUGUUUUUUGUGUCACAAGCAUGGACACAUUGCUAAGAACUGUCCUCAAAGUACCAAAAAGUCAGUGGCCAGUGGUUGUAGCAACUCAGUUACAAGUAAAAAUAUGCCUGUUAUCAGUGGCUUUGUUGGAAAGAAGAGGGUUAGCGUCUUAAGGGAUACAGGCUGUAGUGGAGUAGCGGUGAGAGCGUCAUUAGUUGAGAAGGGUCAUUUUACUGGUGGAGAGCAUUCAUGUGUACUUAUAGAUGGGACUGUCCGUCAGUUUCCUGUAGCAAAUGUGCACAUUGAUACACCAUAUUAUGUGGGCCUAGUGGAGGCAAUGGUUAUGGAAAAACCAGUUUACGAUGUAGUGUUAGGUAAUAUACCAGGUGUUAGCAAUAUACCAGAUCCAGAGUGGAGACAAGAGGUGGAGAUAGGAGCUGUGACAACAAGAGCACAAGCUAAGAAGGAAAAGUUAGAUAUAAGACCGCUUAAGGUGGCAUUACCAGGCAUUCAAGAGGUGAACUCGAAUGAGUUAAUAGCAGCACAGAAAGCUGAUAGUUCACUUGAGAAAUGUUACCAAUUAGCAAGUAGUGGUGAAUUGAAGCAGACCAAGGGACAAGGUUCCUAUGGUUUUGUUGUGAAAAAUGAUAUAUUAUAUAAGUGUUACAAGAAUAGUGAUAAGGAAGUCUUGCAAGUAGUAGUGCCAAAGCCAUAUAGGGAAGAAGUUAUGAAAUUAGCCCAUGAAAGCAUAGUAGGGGGUCACUUAGGAGUCAAGAAAACCAGUGACAGAAUAACCAGUGCCUUUUAUUGGCCAGGUCACAUAAGUGACAUUAGUCGUUAUUGCAAGUCAUGUGAUGUGUGCCAACGAACAACCCCAAGGGGAAAGGUUACCAAAGUUCCCAUGGGAGAAAUGCCAUUAAUUGAUGUCCCGUUCCAUCGCAUAGCUGUUGAUCUGAUUGGCCCAAUUGCUCCAGUGACCGAGCGUGGAAACCGCUACAUUUUGACUGUAGUUGACUAUGCGACACGUUACCCUGAAGCCAUAGCCUUACCGAGAAUUGAGACAGAGCGCGUGGCUGAAGCCUUACUGGAAGUAUUCUGUCGUAUAGGAUUCCCAAAAGAAGUGCUGAGUGAUUGCGGGACACAGUUUACGUCAGACCUUAUGAAAGAAGUAUCCAGAUUGAUCUCUAUGAAACAGUUGUUUACGACGCCAUACAAUCCCAAGUGUAAUGGCCUUUGUGAGCGGAUGAACGGUGUACUCAAGAGCAUGAUAAAGAAAAUGUGCCAAGAGAGACCCAAGGACUGGGACAGAUAUUUACCAGCAGUUUUGUUUGCAUACAGAGAAGUGCCUCAAGCCAGUCUAGGAUUCUCGCCUUUUGAAUUGUUGUAUGGGAGAACCGUGAGGGGGCCAAUGGAAAUUUUGAAGGAGUUGUGGACAGAAAGUACGACGCCAGAAGUACAGAACACAUACCAGUACAUAAUAGACCUGAGAAACCGAUUGGAAGACACGUGCAAGCUAGCUCGUGAAAGUUUGCGUGCAGCGCAAGGCAUUAGCAAGCAUCACUAUGAUAAGAAGGCAAGAGAUCGCACCUUUAAAAAAGGCGAAAAGGUGUUGCUACUCCUACCCACGGACCAUAACAAGUUGACAUUACAGUGGAAGGGUCCAUUCGAAGUUGCUGAAGUUGUUAACAAAUGGGAUUGCCGUGUCUCUGUUAAUGGUAAAAUGAAGACGUACCAUGUAAACCUCCUGAAGAAAUACUUGGAACGAGACACCCCUAUCCAAGAAAUGGAACAAGUGAAUAUGGCAGUAAUCGAACCAGACCUACAUGAUGAAGGGGUAAUUGACGAUGAAAAUUUGCUUGAAUUAGAAUGGCAGAGCAAACCUGAAAGUUACCAUGAUGUUAAGAUCAAUGAAGAACUUUCCGAGGACAAGAAGUCGGAUUUGAGGAAGUUAGUUGAGGAAUACCAAAGCAUAUUCACAGAGAAGCCUGGAAGUACGAGUCUAGAAGAACACAGUGUGACACUAGUAUCGAAGGAACCCAUUCGAGUGAAACAGUACAGUCUGCCAUAUGCAACCAGAACAAUUGUGCAUGAUGAAGUGAAAACAAUGUUGGACAAUGAUAUAAUAGAACCGUCUAAUUCCCCAUAUAACUCACCCAUAGUGAUAGUGCGCAAGAAGGAUGGAUCAUCCAGGUUUUGUGUUGACUUCCGUCGACUCAAUGCAGUGACUUGCUUUGACACAGAACCAAUGGGCAACGCAGAAGAUAUCAUAGCACGAUUGAGCGAUGAUGUGUACUAUAGUAAAGUUGACCUAAGCAAGGGGUACUGGCAGAUUCCGAUGAGCGAAGAAAGUAAACCAUUGACAUCAUUUUCAACCUCAGAAGGAAGUUAUCAGUUUAAAAGGAUGCCAUUUGGUAUGGUGAAUUCAGGUGCCACUUUCAACAAAAUGAUGAGAAAGCUGCUAAAUGGUGCCCAGAACCUUGAUCACUAUGUGGAUGACGUGCUGUGUCACACAACUACGUGGGCAGAACAUUUAAAGACUCUGAGAGAGUUAUUUCAGCGUGUGCGUGAUGCAGGGCUCACAAUUAGACCUAGCAAGUGUUGGCUAGGAUACCAGACUGUGAAUUUUGUUGGUCAUCAAAUUGGUGAGGGCAAGGUUGCCAUGGAAACUGAAAAGGUAGACAGAUUAAGGAAUGCACCACGACCACAGACGAAGAAACAAGUUAGGUCGUUUAUAGGACUGGCAGGAUAUUACAGGAAGUUCAUUCCCAAUUUCAGUGAAUUAUCGGCCCCACUGACCGAUUUGACCAAGAAGGGGGAACCAACUGUCGUACGAUGGGAAGAGCCACAAGAAUGUGCCUUUCAAACACUUAGGAAAUUGUUAAUUUCUGCCCCAAUACUGCGAAUGCCAGACUUCAGUCGCUCUUUCAUACUCCGAACAGAUGCAUCGGAUGUAGGGGUAGGGGCUGUGCUAUUGCAGAAGUAUGAUGACGAGUUAUUCCCUGUUGCUUAUGCCAGUAAAAAGUUGUUGCCAAGAGAAAAAAAUUACUCUGUGAUAGAACGAGAGUGUCUUGCUGUAGUGUUUGGUGUGAAAAAAUUCCAAAAUUACUUGUAUGGGAAGGAGUUCACAGUGCAAACUGAUCAUGAACCGUUAACCUACCUCCAGAAGUCAAAGACAGAAAAUGGUCGAUUGAUGAGAUGGGCACUUUAUUUGCAGAGUUAUAGGUUCAGAGUUGAAGCCAUUAAGGGAUCAGAUAAUGUGGGUGCAGAUUACCUCAGUAGGUUGUGUUAA